UGGGAACGCUCCACCCAGCAGCAUGACGGAGAAGUUCACCGACCUGCUGCAGUUCACCACCCAGGUCUCACGGCUCAUGGUGACCGAGAUCAGACGAAGAGCUUCUAAUAAAUCCACAGAGGCAGCCAGUCGAGCCAUAGUCCAGUUCCUGGAGGUGAACCAGAGUGAGGAGGCGAGUCGUGGCUGGAUGCUUCUGACCACCAUCAACCUGCUGGCCUCCUCCGGACAGAAAACAGUGGACUGCAUGACCACCAUGUCCGUACCCUCCACUCUGGUCAAAUGCCUCUACCUGUUCUUCGACCUGCCUCACAUGGUGGAGGCCCAAGUAGCACCACCACCACCCCCACCACCACCACCACCCCCAGGCCAGGAGAAGACCCCCGGCCAGGGCCACACCCAGCAGGAGCUUCCCCUGGCUGACCGCAGGGUGCUGCUACAGAAAGUCUUUGUCCAGAUCCUGGUGAAGCUGUGCACCUUUGUGUCUCCGGCGGAGGAACUGGCCCAAAAGGACGACCUUCAGCUGCUGUUCAGUGCCAUAACCUCCUGGUGCCCCCCCCACAACCUGCCCUGGAGGAGGAGUGCAGGGGAGGUGCUCACCACUAUCUCCCGACACGGCCUGAGCGUCAACGUGGUCAAAUACAUACAUGAGAAGGAAUGCCUGGGCACAUGUGUGCAGAACAUGCAGCAGUCGGAGGAUCUGUCGCCGCUGGAGAUUGUGGAGAUGUUCGCCAUGCUCUCCUGCUUCCUCAAGGACUCCAGCGACGUGUCCCAGACCCUGCUCGACGACUUCAGGAUGUGCCAGGGUUACGCCUUCCUCUGCGAUCUCAUGCUCAGACUGGAACAGGCCAAAGAGGACGAGUCGAAAGAUGCCCUGAAGGAUCACGUGAACCUGGUGACCCGUCUGACCACGUACGGGGUGACGGAGCUGAAGCCCGCCGGCCUGACAACAGGAGCCCCCUUCCUGCUGCCGGGCUUCGUCCUCCCGCAGCCUUCUGGGAAAGGCCACACAGUGCGUAACAUCCAGGCUUUUUCGGUUCUUCAGAAUGCCUUCCUGAAGGCUAAAACGAGCCGCCUAGCCUGUAUGCUGCUGGACGCCAUCGGGAACAUCUACUCAGGUGAGUCGGCCAACUACUUCAUCCUGGAGUCGCAGCACACCCUGUCGCAGUUUGCAGACCGUGUGGCCAAGCUCCCGGAGGCCCAGGCCAAGUACUUUGAGCUGCUGGAGUUCGUGGUGUUCAGCCUGAACUACGUGCCGUGCAAAGAGCUGUUCAGCGUCAGCGUGCUGCUGAAGUCCAGCACAUCACACGCCUGCAGCAUCACGGCAGUGAGAACGCUGCUGAAGCUGUCCCGGCACGACCCCGUGUUCAGCGACGUGCUGCGGGAGGUCGGCCUGCUGGAGGUGCUGGUCAACCUGCUGCACAAGUACGCUGCCUUGCUCAAAGACCCGGCCACGCAGCAGCCACACAACAAUGAUCAAGCUGACUGUAAGAACAACGCGGUGGCAGAGGAGCAGAAGCAGCUGGCCUGGCUGGUGAUGGAGACACUGACUGUGCUCCUGCAGGGCUCCAACACCACCAACACCAAUGCAGCUCUGUUCAGGGAGUUUGGCGGCGCUCGUUGCGUUCACAACAUCGUGAAGUACCGGCAGUGUCGGGAACACGCUCUGCUCAUCAUCCAGCAGCUCGUCCUGUCGCCCAGCGGAGACGACGACAUGGGGACACUGCUCGGCCUCAUGCACUCUGCCCCGUCCAGCGAACUGCAGCUCAAGACCGACAUACUGCGGGCUUUGUUGGCGGUGUUGCGGGAGAGCCACCGCACCCGGACGGUGUUCCGGAAGGUGGGUGGUUUCGUGUAUGUCACCUCUCUGCUGGUGGCGAUGGAGCGCUCCUUGUGCCAGCCGCCGCGGCACGGCUGGGAGCGUGUAAACCAGAACCAGGUCUUCGAGCUGCUGCACACCGUGAUCAGCACGCUAACCGCCGCCAUGCGCUACGAGCCCGCAAACUCACACUUCUUCCGCACGGAGAUCCAGUACGAGAAGCUGGCCGAUGCUGUGAGGCUGCUGGGCUGCUUCUCGGACACUAAGAAGCUGGGUCCCACAGCCGUGUUCCCCUCCAAUGCUCAGCCUUUCCAGAGGCUGCUGGAGGACGAGGCGGCGCCCGGAGGCUGCGCGGGGGACAGCGUCUGUCCCACGCUCAAACACUGCAGCAAGCUCUUCAUCUACCUGUACAAAAUGGCCACCGACUCCUUCGACAGUCGUGCGGAGCAGGUGCCUCCCUGCCUGACUCACGAGACCUCGCUGCCCUCGCCGUGGGGCACACCAGCACUCGCCAGGAAGAGGUAGCUACAGCGCUCUGCCACUUUCCUCAC